AUUUAUAAAAAGCCAUUGUUAUGCUAGAUUGAGGAAGUAUGCGUACACAUUUCAUAAUUUGAGGCUAUUGGGCAUUCAUUAAUUAACUAACGUGUGUUUUCUCUGUCAUUGUACAUGAAACUAGUCAACGCCCCAUGUUCCAGUCACGGGUUGCUAUUUCCUCAAGAACAGCAUGCGAAAUCGAAAGUGUUAUCACUGUAUUUUAUCGAAUAUGUCACCACCACGGAAACUGGAGGACUUUUCCCAAAUGAAAACGCUAAAUAAGUUAUAAAGUUAUAGUGCGAAGGAUCGGGGUUAACGUUGGUUAUCAAUUGUUUUUUUGGGGGGGGGGGGUUUGAGUAACGUUGAGAAACCAGUGCAUUAUUUUUUAGGGGUGGAGAUCUAACGAAAACAGUGUUUCUGAACUUACUUACAUGAUUUAUUAGUUUAGGUUGGUGGAAAUGGAGAACUCCAAUAUUGUAAGGUGAGAAGUUCAUUUUUAUGAAAAAUGUAUCUCGAAGACUACACUCAAUCCGUUUAUUAACAGCUUGGGACUAUGGAUAUUAUGGCGCUACUAACCCUGGAUAUGCUCCAGCAGUACAGGGAAGUCCAGCAAUGUUUGCCCCGCCUGCUUCCGACUUCCAGGGCCCCAGCGCGCCCCCAGCCAGUAUGUUUGACAGCGUUCCUGGAUAUGAAGGGACAGUGGCCGGGGGUGGAGGUGGUUUCCUGCCCCCUCCUAUUCCCUCCGUCCCAGCCCCGCAGCCCCAACCUGGUCCUGGACAAUCAAACUGGGACAUCCCGUCUAUCUCCGAAAGCACUGCCCGGGAGGCCUUGGCCAAGUAUGUUUCCAGUAAGUGCUGCUGGAGUUCAGGACCAGUGAAGGAUGGCGUGAUAACCAACAUGGAGACAUUCAACACAUACAGAUACCGCCUGGAAACCUUUACAGAGCAAAGAGUUACUGAAUGGAGCCAGCAACCAUACCUUGGUCAGCCAGUGGAUGCCUACACCCAACCACCUCCUGGUCCCUGGAAUAUCCCUGCCAAGACCCCCACCUUUUUUCAGAACGAAACGCAAAUCAUUAAAGUUCCCAACACCUCGUCUGUCAAAAACUGUCAUACCUGUUUGGGUAUGGGGAGAAAUCCCUGCAAAGAAUGUGUUGGAGUUGGUAAUAAAAUCUGCUGGGUGUGCAAAGGAGCUGGUGAUCGCGCUAGUGGUGAUCGAUGCCACCAUUGCCAAGGGAGGGGAAGGGAAAAUUGCAACCAUUGCCAUGGUCAAGGGUCAAAGGAGUGUCAGACCUGUAAAGGCAAACAACAGCUUUUGGUCUUCAUCAACCUCAAGGUUAUAUGGACUAAUAACCUUGAAGACUAUGUUGUGGAACAAUCAAGUGGUUUGCAUAUGGCCAACCUGAGCAACGUGUCUGGGAAGGAAAUGUUCAGGGAUUCUCAGUACAUGGUGUAUCCAGUGAUGGGGUUCCCAAACCCUGACUUGGUGCAUGCUGCAGAGCGUUUAGUGAGGGAGCACCAAGCCAAGUUCUCUCAGACAUCACGCAUUUUACAGCAGCGCCAGUCGAUUGAGUUGAUUCCUAUUACCAAGGUCAGCUACAAGUGGAAAGGAGCCUCACAUGUUUACUUUGUCUUUGGGAAUGAGUAUAUGGUCAAUGCUGAUAGCUACCCAGCUACCUGUUGUUGCACAGUAAUGUAACCCAUGUCUGCUUUGGCCUUCAUUAUACUGAAUGUGUUUGUAUUCCAAAGAAUGGGGUUAUAUAGAACAUAGUGGUUGGUGGACUUCACGCCUCAUUAAGGUUGACUGAUUCUAAUUAAACGUAUGCAGGGUAUGUUUUUAUCAUUGUAUUUACA